AUGCAACGAAACGGAGGAAAGCAAAUUUUUCUUAUUUCUUCUUUUUUUUCUUUUUUCUUCUUUCUUAUUCCUUUUCUUCUUUCUUUCUUUUUCUACUUUCUUUUCCCUUUUCUUCUUCCUUUUCCCUUUUCUUCCUCCUUUUCCCUUUUCUUCUUCCUUCUUUUUUGUUCAUUCUUCUUUUUCUUCCCUUUUCUUCUUUCUUUUUCCCUUUUAUACUUUCUUUUUCCCCUUUUUCUAUUUUCUUUUUUCUUUCCUCUUUCUUUUUCCCUUUUUCUUCUUUCUUUUUCCAUUUUCUUCUUCCUUUUUCAUUUUCUUCUUUUUUUCCCAUUUUCUUCUUUCUUUUCCCUUUUCUUCUUUUUUUUACUUUCUUUAUUUUCUUCCUUUUUAUUUCUUUUCCCCUUUUCUUUUUUCUUUUUCCUUUCUUCUUUCUUUUAUACUUUUCUUUUCUUUUUCCUUUUCUCCUUUUUUUGCUUUUCUUUCUUUUUCCUUUUCUUUUUUCUUUCUUCUAUUUCUUUCUUUUUUCCUUCUUUCUGUUUUACUUUCCUUUCUUUUGCCUUUCUUCUUUCUUUUUUACUUCUUUCUUUUUUUUUCUUUCCUUCUUCUUUCGUUUUUUCUUUCUUUCUUUCUUUCUUUCUUUUUUCUUCGUUUUCGUUUUUCUGUUUUCCACUUUUCUUUUUUCCUUUUCUUCUUUUUCUUCUUUCAAUUCCACUUCAAUUUGCCACUAAUGCUGGACAAUUUUAA